AUGGUCAGGGACGCCGUCGAGGACGCAAGGCCGUCGCUGCCCCUCCCGAUGAGGAGCCUGGCCGUGGUCGAGUGUUCCUUUGGCAGCGCCCAUCCGCAGUUUGGCCCGAUACUCGCAGGCUCCCGGAGCCAUCGUCACGUGAAGGAGCACGGCCACGAUGGUUUGGAGGUUCAGCUCGACAUCGGCCUCAAGUAUUCCACCGAUGCGAACAUUAAGCUGCAGCUCGGAGUCAUGCCCUUCGGCAUCAGCCACAUCGAGGUGAACGGAGUGCUGAGCUUGCGGUUCACGCCUCUGCUCGACGAGAUGCCUGUCUUUAGCGCGAUGCAGCUGUUCUUUUUAACCCCUCCGCAGGUAAGCAUUCGCUUCAGCGACAUGCUGGAAGUCGCGAACACGCCUUUUAUCAUGCAGCAGAUCCGCGCAGCGAUCGACCACGCCAUCCACGACAGGCUCGUUCUUCCGAAUGCUCUGGGCAUCAACUGGGCAGACCCCGGCAACGACGAAACGGUGACGUGGCCUACUGUUCUGCCCUCCUAUGUUGUGCGUGUGAGCGUGCACCGGGCCAGCGAUUUGUGUUCCUCAAGCACGAUGCGAACCCGUGGCCCUGAUGCGUACGCCGUUGUAUCAGUGGGAGGCCGGAGGGUGCGGACCAGGACUGUGAGCGGGAAGAGCCUUACGUGGGCCGAGUCCUUCGAUUUCGUGAUCUACGACACCCGCCAGCAUUUCCAGGUCGAGGUCUUCGACGUCGACUUCGCCGGCAAGAGUUGGCCGAUCGGCAAGACCAAGGAGUCCCAGGUGGAGCACGCCGCCGCGGGCAGCAGCUCCGGCCAGUGGUGGGCGCUGGAGGGCGCCCCCGCUGGCGCGGCGGGCCACCGUCCUCCUCGCCGUUGA